UGCCGUCGCUUACCGGCAAGUGGGAAGGAAACGAAGCAAAGCGGGCUCUUCCUUGCUUACAGUCUGUUCCGAGUCCCAAAUUCCUCGAGUGUCGUGUCCGAAAGGCCCCCAUGUGGAGUGUAGGCGCCCUGCCGGCAGCGGGCGCGGCGGCUCUGCUGCUUGCGGCGCUAGUGGCGACCGGCGAGGCACUCCGGGAAGGAGACUGCGAAGUGUGUGUGACGUUUUUGGGCAAGUUCUACACGUCCCUUCAGGAGCAGAAGGCCGACAUGAGCAGCGAUGCCGUGGAGAAGGCGCUCCUUAAGAGCUGCGCUGCUGCUAAAGGCAAAGAAAACCGCUUCUGCUACUACAUUGGGGCCACCAGCGACGCCGCCACAAAGAUGAUCAACGAGGUGUCCAAGCCGCUCAGCUACCACGUCCCCGUUGACAAAAUCUGUGAGAAGCUUAAGAAGAAGGACGGACAAAUCUGCGAACUUCGAUACGACAAGCAAGUGGACUUGAGCUCGGUGGAUCUAAAGAAGCUGAAGGUGAAAGAUCUAAAGAAGAUUCUGGAAGAAUGGGGCGAGUCAUGCAAAGGCUGCGCUGAAAAGUCCGACUUCAUCCGGAAGAUCACCGAGCUGAUGCCCAAGUAUGCCCCCGCUGCCGCCGGCGCGCGGACGGACCUGUGAGAGGGGCGACAUUGGGAUGUCGUUUCUUUGACUAGCCUGGGACUACGGCAGACGGGUGGACCAUUGCCCGGCUCCGCCUACCGUGACUGACCACGUGUCACUUGUUUUUUCUUGGAGACACUUUUUUUUUUUUUUUUUUUUUAAGAGCCUUAGUUCAUCGGUUCCCUGACGGGUCUGUAAAAUGUUUUUUCACAAGUCUAAGUAUAUUUGGGAAGGGGUGCAAAUAAACCAUCCAAAAGCAA